AUGACAAACGGAACCGCGCCACAGGCUUCCGAGAGGCCUCCAAAGGCGGACCUGGAAUUGCCUACAGGCGCCGUCUCCAUCGAAGCCCUCGCAGCAUCUUUGUCACGGUAUCCACGUGCGCCAGAUCGGAAGUUUAAUUACGGAACUGCGGGUUUUCGCGCCAAGGCAGAUCUCCUCCCCUCGGUUGUUCACCGAUGUGGACUUCUGGCUGCGCUUUUCGCCGUCUACCAGCAAGAUAAAAAGGAACGGGAAGCCCGGGCGCAGGCGGGGGCUAAGAAUCGAGAAGCCAAAGCGGAACGAUAUGCGCACUCCACCGCCGUUUACGUCGGCUGUAUGAUCACAGCGAGCCAUAAUCCCGAGGAAGACAAUGGCGUGAAGCUCGUAGGCGUCGAUGGAUGUCUUCUUUCUCCCGUCUGGGAACGAUAUGCGGAGUCUCUGAUUAAUUCGGCUUGCUUCGCUCAACCCGCGUCACAAAACUCCGUUUCAGUGGCAGGCUCGGCGCAGUCCGAAAGAACCCUCGGCAACGGAAAAAUUCCCCAUGACGACGCCGGCAGGGGCUGCGCGGAGUCUGUACACCGCGAAGUGAAGGCGCUGACACAAAUUGUCCACGAGCUGUUUGGAGGGAACGACGGAGACACAACCGACGGAGACACAACUGACGGGAUGAAUGCAGCAAAUGGAUGCACAGAGCCUUCUGGAGACGAGAAAGGCAAGCAUUCCUCCACAGAUGCUUCGCCGUCCGUCUUGUUUCCGUGUGUCCUUGUGGGCCGGGACAACCGACCUUCUUCAAAGAGCCUGCAAGCGGCGUUCGAAUCAGGUGUACGUACACUCGGCGUUCAAGUCGUUUCUCUCGGACAAGUGACCACCGGACAGCUCCAGUUUAUCGUCAGACGACAGAACGAGAGAAGCGAGGAUGCCCGGCGGUGUGCGAACGCCGAGCUCACUGCUGGCGAGGUCCUCGAGGAUGCGCACCGAGGAGAACCUGAAGAAGGCGGGGAGGGUACGGCUCUCGUCCGUGACUACUACGUGCACUUUUCGAAGGCGUUUUCGCAGUUCAUGGUUCAGGCGAGGCAGCUGAAACGCGUCGCGCGAGCAGGAAGCGGAACUGUUGUGAAAUGCGCUGAGGCGCCGCAUGCUGGCGAUGAACGGAAAGACACAGGCGGCUCUCCCUCUCCUUUGUCUCUUCGUGCCCUCUACGUUGAUGCGGCGAACGGGGUUGGCGGCGCAUCCGUGAAGCACUUCAGCGAGCUGCUGUCGAGCGAAUCGGGUCUGUCUCUCUUUGUGCGGAAUGAAGGCCGAGCGGGGGGGGAAAGCGACGGCCAGGCGCCGUUGAAGGAAGGCGGCCGGAGAGCGGGGGACGAGUCAGCCGGCGCCGCGAAGAAGGCGACAGAAAUUGAAGGUCUCAACUUCCUGUGUGGCGCGGAGCAUGUACAGAAACGCAAGGCUCUGCCGAGAAACUUCGGCUACCGCGGCGAUCCAACGGAGGGCGCGCUGUGCGCCUCGUUCGACGGCGACGCCGACCGGCUCAUUUUUUUCACUUGGGAGAUGAAGCAGGCGCCCUAUUCCGCGUUUCCGUCUCUGAGCCGCGGCACGUCAGCGCUGCAGCGUCUCGGUUCGCGUGAGGAGGUCGUGCGAGGCGAGCUCCAGCGCGCGUUUUCUCUCUCGGAUGGAUUCGCUUCGCCUGAGGCCUGCAGCGGCCCGUCCAGGGAGAGAGAAGAGGGCGCAGCCGCAAACGAGGGCAGAGGCGCGGACUCAGGGAACGCAGAGGAAGCCGGGACUGCCUGCGAGGCGCGGAGUGCGGUGGAGGCAGAAGGAUGCUGUCGGGCGUCGUGCGCAGACGCGGACGGCGGCGCGUCGCUUAGCGAAAACGCGGUGAAGCGCAUGGCGUCCUCUGCACUUGACGUGAGCGCAGAGAACGCGAUUCGCAUGCGCUUGUACGACGGAGACAGAAUCGCGUGUCUCGUGACCCUUGCGCUCAUUUCGCUCCUCAAGCAAGCUCUCGGGAAACACGAAGAAAAUGACAAACAGCCCCGCGCGUUGACUUUGAGCAUUUGCGUCGUACAGACGGCGUACGCGAACGGAGGAAGCACAGCGUUCCUGGAGCAACUCCAGGCAGCCGCUCAGCCGCUUGCCUCUUCAGGAAUCACUUUUGAGCUGGCGUGCGUGCCGACUGGGGUGAAGCACCUCCACCGCCGCGCGGCCGAAGCAACUGUCGGCGUCUAUUUCGAGGCGAACGGGCACGGGACCGUCGUUCACGACGAGGCGCGACUCAGCGAGUGGGCGGCCGAGCGGAAUCUCUCCACAGUCGAGGAGUGGCAACUGCUCACGCGCUUCCUCCACCUCUUCAACGCAGCGACGGGGGACGCCUUGGCCGAUCUUCUCGCCGUCGUCGCCGCGCUCUCGCUGCUCGACAUGACGCCUCAGCAGUGGAGCGACCUCUACGAUGACCGCCCGUGCUACACACUCAAGGUCGCCCUUCCGCGACGCGUCCUCUCCACUCUGAAGCCCGACCCCCGCCACGAAAAGCGACUCCUGGAGAUGCCUGCUCUGCAAGCGCGGAUCGACGAAGCAGUGGAGGCGACGGCGCCGUUCUGUCGGGGCUUCGUGCGUCCCUCGGGAACGGAAGACGUGUGCCGAAUCUACGCGGAGGCGCCCGACUUGCAGUCCGCGAAGACACUCGGCCGCCUGAUCUCUGAACUCGUCGUGCAGCACGCGCAGGCCGCGGAGGACCUCGAGGGCAAGCUCUGA